UGUAGAAAAUUCACACGGACCAUGUGGAUACUUUAAAAGAAGAAACAAUUUUUUAUUCCUCCCUCCCACGUUUUUGAAGUAUUUAAACCUUUCUAAGCAUACAAAAUUCAAAGGCUAAAACUCACAUUUUAAGAAAAUUGCUCCUUGAAACAAGCUUAGUUGCUUGGGUACAUCACAUGGAGGGAAAAUGCAGGAUUGCAAAAGACGUGACUGAACUUGUAGGUAAUACACCAAUGGUUUACCUUAAUCGUGUGGUAGAGGGUUGCGUCGCACACAUUGCAGCCAAGCUCGAAAUGAUGGAACCAUGCUCCAGUGUCAAAGACAGAAUUGCAGUUAGUAUGAUCAAAGAUGCUGAAGAAAAGGGCUUGAUUUCCCCGGGAAAGACGGUUCUGAUUGAAACAACAACCGGUAAUACUGGAAUCGGAUUAGCAUUUGUUGCGGCAGCAAAAGGAUAUAAACUGAAAAUAGUAAUACCAUCAAGUUCAAGUCUUGAAAGAAGAAUAGUUCUUCGAGCAUUGGGGGCAGAAUUGCACCUGGUCAGUCCCACUAGUACUUAUUAUGAUAUGGACAGGAAAUGUAAAGAAAUACUUGAUAAAACGCCUGCUGGAUUUUUGGUUAAUCAAAUGAACAAUCCUGCUAACCCUAAGACACAUUAUGAAACAACAGGACCAGAGAUAUGGAGAACCACACAAGGGCUAGUGGACGUAUUUGUUGCUGGGAUUGGAACAGGUGGUACCAUUACUGGCACUUCCACUUUCCUUAAACAACAAAAUCCUUCUAUUAAGGUGUACGGCGUAGAACCAGCCGAAAGUGCAGUCAUCAAUGGAGAAAAGCCUCGGACACAUAAAAUCCAAGGAAUUGGAGCUGGUAUCAUUCCUCCAUUACUCGAUUUUGACAUACUCGAAGAAGUUAUCAAGAUUUCUGCCGAUGAAGCCAUUCGAACUGCUAAACUUCUUGCAUUGAAAGAAGGUUUAUUGGUAGGAUUGUCAUCGGGAGCUGCAGUUGCUGCUGCUAUAAAAAUAGCAAAAAAGCCUGAAUUAGCUGGAAAAUUGAUUGUUGUACUUCUUCCUAGUUUUGGAGAGCGCUAUUUAUCUACUGAACUGUUUGAUUCAGUGAGAAGCGAAGUGGAGGCUUUGACUUAUGCGUAACAUGGAAAAAAAUCAGUUUAUUAUUCUAAUUUUUAAUAUUUGAUAUGAAUACUAACAAUAAUAAUGCUUUGAACUAAAUGGUUCUUCCAAUUGUAUUUUCCUCAAAUAUACUCUAAAGCCAUAAUGAAGUUCAAGAAGACUUUUUUUUUUUUUUAAUAGUAUGUAAUUUAUUAUUAAAGAAUCAUAUAAUAUCUAAAUCAGAGAUAAAAAUUA